AUGUCUCAAGCCAGAAGGAAUAUACCUUCUUUCACAUCCGUUACCUCGAGUUUUAGAUCAUACAUCCUCUCCUUGCCAUUAUUGACAACUUCCAUUGUCUGCGUGGUAAUUAUUUUAUAUGUUUUGGAGGCUUUAUUUCUUGGGGUGGAAAUCGUUUACGACGAGAUCGAUCUUUUACCAGAAAAGUUCUUUGAAGGACAAGUGUGGCGUCUUUUCACCUAUCCUUAUACGCACCUCUCUCUCGGGCAUAUACUUUUUAAUCUCCUUACCUUCCUACCGUUAAGUACUACGAUUGAGCACACCAUCGGAACCAUAGAAUAUGCCUAUAUCUUGGUUACCGUUUUCACGAUACUUUCAGGCUCUUUUUAUUUGCUGGGUUCAAUAAUAUUCAGCUACAAAGAAGUUAGUGUCGGAGGUUUGAACCCUUGGGUAUUUGGAGUUGUGGUAUGGGAAAGUAGAGAGUUGGCCGGACGCGAACGAGACCUCUUUGGUUUGUUCAGAGUUCCAUCACAUUUUUAUCCGAUCGUGUUGUUUUUAUUGAUGGAAAUAUUCUUUCCUCGCACGUGGUUUGCCAGUCACAUAUUCAGUUUAAUUACCGGCUACUUUUAUGCAUUCGGAUACCUCUCGCGAAUCCUUCCAUCCACGAGUUUUUUCUCGAAUCUUGAAUCGAAAUCCUUAUUCUCUCAUAUCGUUGGCGUUCGCGGGUUUAUCAAGGCUGAGGAAGGUGAUAGGAGUGGAUGGUGGUUGCCACUAUCAAAUGAGGAGUCUUUAGAUGAUACCAUAGAAUCUCCUUCACUGAGUGAAGGUCAUGCUGAGACUGGAGAAUCCAGUAAUGCCACUAACAACACAGUUCAGGUUGCGCGUUCCAAUUCACCUGUUCAAACGACGCCAUUGUUCGUUGUCCCCUCUUCAAAUUCCUCUAGUCGAUCAAAUUCUCCUUCGCCGGAAACAGUACCUUUGUCCUCAGAGUCGAACUUGAAUUCCGAAAAUGUUGAUCCUCUUACCAGUCAAUAA